AUGGGUAAAGGACCGUUGGAGCGAAAGCUUCAAUUUGAAAAGAAGAACAAUGAUCUUGUUAAACUACCAAAAUACGCGAAAGUUGAAAAACGUCCUAUCCCCCAUGCCCCAGUGGCCUCUCCCUAUGCAGGCACCUCUGUGCCAAAGAUUAUCUAUGUUUCAACAAAUACACCCUUUAUGAGCGCCGUGAAGCGCGUCCAGAAACUCCUCCGCCACGCCGAGAAACGCGCGACGGCCAAUAUCGACCUUGAAGACACACGCAAAACCGAACAGCAGAAGCUUGCGGAACUGGCCAAAGCUGCAGAUAAGCGAGAGGAGAUUUUCGUCAAGGCCACUGGACGGGCGAUCGAGAAGGUCCUAAAGAUCGGGAAAUGGUUCGAGGAGAAGGGCACAGAGUAUGUGGUCCGAGUGAAGACCGGUAGUGUACUUGUGGUGGAUGACGUUGUCGAGGACGAAGAAAAGAAGGAGCUGGAAAUGCAAAAGCAGCAGCGCCAGUCCAAAGAUGAGUCAGCCGAGGACCAGGACCAGGAGCCAUCCAAGGCCGCGAAGAAACGAAAGCGUCAAGCUCCUGUGUCUGAUGAUGCUGAACUUCCUGAGACGCGUACCCGAUGGGUCAAAAUGGUUGAGGUUGCCGUGAGUCUGAAGUGA